UUCAUAGCGUUCUCAACUUCUUUUUUUCUUUUCCUUUAUUGGUUAUAUUAUAGAUUUUAACUAGAAAAUAAUCCGUCUUCAGGAAAGAAAACAAGAGAUUUUUUUUUGAAAUUUCAUCGACUUUACUUUAUUAAAUUUGUUCAGUUCAUUCUAUAUAGUAACCUUCACCACAGGGAAUAAUGAAUCUGAGUGAGAUCAAGAAGCAAGCCUCUUCUUUUCUUCAAGAGAAAUACAAGUCAGCCAGGCUGGUCCUUACUGAUGCAACUCAAGCUGAAAUAUUGGCUGAAGAGGCUACAAACAGUGAUGUGUGGGGUCCUGAUGCUAAGACAAUGACCAGAAUAUCUGAGGCAGCUUAUGACAUGGAUGACUAUUGGAGGAUUGUUGAUGUUCUGCAUAGAAGGCUGCGUUCUGUGUAUUGGAAGGAAUGGAGGCAGUCAUACAAAACCCUAGUGCUGUUGGAAUUUUUGCUGACUCAUGGACCUGAAGAAAUGUUUGAAGAAUUCCAUUGUGACAUCAAUGUCAUUCAGGAGCUCGGCAAAUUAAACUAUGUCGAUGAAAGAGGGUUCAAUUGGGGUGCAUGCAUGCAAAACAAGUCUGAGAGGAUAUUAAGGCUCCUAAGCGACGAAAAGCAACGCCAAGAUGCACGUUCCAAAGCACUCAAAAUCUCAAAGGAGAUCCAAGGCUUUGGGAAUUUAAUUGUAUCCCCUUCCUCAUCUUCCUCAUCUACCCCAUCUUCUAGUAAAACUUGCAGAUCUUCAUCAUUCGGUUCGUACUCGCUAGAUAGUCCUACAUGGAAUGGAGAAGAUGAUCAAAGCAAACAAUUGGAACAUCAUAUAGCAGCUAAUAAAAUAUCUGAGGAUUUAGAGCAAGGAUCAUCAGAGAAGUGCCCCUUUGACCCUAUGCUCGAUAAAGAAGUGCAAAGGUUGCAUCUUUGGGAUAGCCCUAUCAAGGAGGAUGGCUCUUUGUUUGAAUCUACUAAUGAAGACAAAGAAGGUGAAUCAGAUGAUAGGUCUGGUGGAUUUUGUUCACGGCUUUUUGGGACAGCAAAUCAAAGUAUAAGAGAUAAUAAUGUAAUUGGCUUUAGAAGUUUAUCAGAUGUAGGCAAGGUGACAAAGAAGAAGAUUGAUCGGCAAUUCUCCCAUGGGUUUUGAUUGGAGAGUAAUCAUAUAAUGCUCUUGUUCAGUGUUAUGUAGCAUUUCAAUUCUCAUAUGAAAUCAUUGUAUCGGUUGAUGGAAAUG